AUGGAAGAGGAUAAAAUCAUCUUGAUUGGAAAUGAGACUGAUGUGCUGCAUUGUGGGUUCAGUCAUGCGAUCUCCGACUCAGGCAAGCGAUUUCCCAGCGCUGAACACUAUGCUCAUUCGAUGAUUCUCAGUCAGCUGGGGCUCGAUGAUUCACAUAUCUUGGAGCUACUCGGAUGCCGAAGCAAUGAGGUGAAAAGCCGUGCCCGCGCUCUUCUCGUCGAGAACAUGCCAGCUGGACACGAUUUGGAAUCGUUGAGGCAAUAUUUGGAGACUAGCAGGCAAUCGUACACUAUGCAAGGACUGCGAAUCCGAAUCGAACAAGAUGCCACCUUUGAGAAGGCUUUGAUGGACACAAGAGAAGCACUUUUGAUUGUGUGUGAUGAGAAUGAGAAAGAGUUGGGAAUCGGUAUGAAUGAGAUGCAAUUCAUGGAGUACAUGAAGCGAGAAAGACUGGAUGCUCAACGAAUCGGUCUUUGGUUGAGGAAUAGCAGCACACGGCCGGCCAAUCUUGGCGCCAAUCAAUUGGGCUAUUUUCUGAUGUGGCUUCGAUUCGAGGUGAAAGAGAAAAGACGAACCACGAAGAUCAACUUUGAGCCGUAUAUCAUCAAUGGGUUGAGCACGGAUGAUGAUGGGAAUCCGGUCAAAAUUGCGUGCAACGAUCAAAUUGUUUUCUUAAAGGGAAUCUUUCGUCCACUCUCCAAUUUCUAUGCUCAUCCAUUUGAAAUGAAAGGUGGGCGCUAUCGAAGCGUUGAGCAUUAUGCAUACGAGAAACUUUUCAAUGCCUUGCAUUUUGAUGAAAAAUGUCUGGAAAAGGUUGUUACGACGGUGAACCCUUGUGAUUUGCCGAAAGUUGUCGCCAAAGUUUUUGCUCAACAGAAGGUGGACGUCACAACAAUAGAGGGAAAGCUGCAGCGGUUGGAUCGGUGGCGACAAUCGGCCAUGAAACACAAAAUCAUGAAAAUUGAAUACCUGCAACAAUUGUUGCUGAGCACGGGACAGGCGCUGCUAGUCGAUACAUCACCGGCUGAUUCGGAUUGGGUUUGUGGCACAAAUGAGCCUGAGUUGCAGCACUUGUUGAUCAAAGAAUAUGUGAAUACCGAGCAAUUGGUGAAAUGGAUGUGCGCUGAAGAACCGCCAGCACGUCUCGCUCAUCUAAAAGGAAACAAAGGAGCCCUGUUGUUGAUGGAAUUGCGUGCGAAAUUUGCGGAGUCAACAACAAGCCGAAUUCCAUUGGUCACACCACCACUGAACCCAAACUUGCUUGCCUCCAUCACUCCACACAUCAUAUGUUUCUCGUCAGAAAGUGUUUGGCACCCAUUGUAUCCGGCGGAAAUUCGUGCAGCACCAGAUCAACCUCUUUUGCCAAGUCCUGCACAUUAUGUGGCUCAAGAAACUGCAAAAUAUUUUAUGUUCAACGAGGCAGACUCUCAAUAUGUGCUAGAGGAUCGACGAUCUGUUGAGUGUUGGAGACGAAUGUACGAGACGAUUGAGGGCUGCAAUUGGGGUCAAGAAAGAGAGCAAAUGUGGUACAUGGAAAAACGCCAGAAGAUGAUUUACGAAGCUCUUCGGUUGCUGCUUGAACAGCACGCCCCAUUGCUGCGAGCUCUGCUUGAUACAGGAGACUCAUUUCUGGCGUUCGUCUCUCGUUGGGAUAGCAUUGAUGCUGAGCUCUCAAUCGGAAUGCGUGAACACGAUCUGAGACGAUGGUUGGCUUACGUUGAACUGGACUCAAAGCAAUUGGCUGAAAUGUGUACGCGACCGCUUGCCUUUCGACCACCAUACUUGGGCGGGAAUCGGAUCGGUUUCAUCUUAAUGGAGCUUCGUGCUGAAUUUCGAAGCAAAGGAGCCGUCAGUUGGACAUUGCCUGAAUUGAGUUUGGGGCCGGAAGUCAUUCUUGGCAGUGAUUCACCGAUGGAAAAUCUUAUGGCCGAUGAAGAGUUUGAUGUGCUCUCUCCUGUGAACUAUUCAGCUAUCUGGUGCAAUCCUUUAUUGUUGUCGGCAAAGAAGAGCAAAGAUCAAACUCUUCUCCAAUUCUGCCAUUUGAUCAAAGCGCCACCAAAGUUGCUCUCCGUAAACGAGGAGCGAAUCGGAGAAAUCUUGCAACAAAUGGAUGCAACAAAACCCGACAAAUUGGACUUGCAAUUCUUGGGUGACGUGGCGCCCGAAGAUCUGCGAGCGAUUUUUAUGAAGUUAUGUGUUCGGAUUCGUCAAAAAGCCACCGAAUGCGACCGACAACAACAAGAGCUUUCCACAUUGGCCAACGAGAUCUCACAAAUGCAAGCACUGCGGCGAGGAAUUGAAAACGAUCAACCAAUUCCCCACAUACCGAUGCAAAAUGAAAUGGAAAGACACAACGGCAACUUUCCGCCUCAAGGCUCAAUGUUGAGGGACAGGCAACCUCCAAUGCGACAACGUUCACCUCUGAGAGCACCGGGUGGCGGCCGUGACAGAGAUGAUCAACGACGCGGUCCACCACCACAAAGGAGAAGUCUACCCGAUGAUCGGAGAAGAGACUCUAGACCGCCGCCACGUGAAUAUGUGCAGAAGCCUCGACCGCAUCGAGAAGAACACCGAGAACGGCCGCCUCAACAAUUGCCAUCGAAACCUGAACCCGUUAAAGUGGUUGAAGCGCCAAAACAACCACCACCACCGAAACGUGAACGAAAACCCGAUGAAGAGCUCAGUGAAGGAGAGAUCUUAACGAGCGAAGAUGAGGCU